CUCGGGGAAUACGCGCACCCGAAGUGGAUGGCCAGCCUGUGUCAUGGUAUCCCAGUAAGGUAGUAUCACAAUAUAGACUGGGUUCAUGGGAAGGUCAUGGUGAUUUCUGGACGGGGCUCAAAUACAAUCAUAAGCCCUAAGUAUGCUGACUUCCUGUCCGAGGUUGUCUUGUGCCCUGUCCUACCUUCAUCUCGGUCUCAAUCCAUGAUACAACGGACCCGACUAUUUGAAGACCUACGAAGAGGCUCUCCUCCAUAACAUGUCAGUGGCGACGCCUAUUCAAGAGCAUACAGGCACCGCUAAGCCACAGCGGGUGCUUGCGUGCGUAUUAUGCCAGCAGCGCAAGGUCAAGUGCGACCGCAAAUUCCCUUGCGUGAAUUGUGUCCGGGCUGGAGUGCAGUGCGUGCCAGCGACACUUGUCCCUCGUCAGCGCCGGCGGAGGUUUGCUGAGCGAGAACUGUUGGAACGGCUGCGGCAAUACGAGGACCUACUUCGUCACAACAACAUCAAAUUCGAGCCUUUACACCGCUCUGAGACAGCCGAGCUAGCCUCACCCAGUGAGGAAGGCGGACAGCCCAAGACUCCUGACGAUACGCAUCGUGAACGGAACGAUCCAAAAUCAGACCGCUUACCAAGGCAGAAGGCAGAUGCUAAGCGUCUUAAGACAGUAAACCUCUGGCGUGCGAUGAGUCAAAAUCAACUAUCUCAGUCAUCCGGUGAAGAUGAUCAAGAUGACGAAGAUGACGCUGGUUUCCUACAGCAUAUGGAUGACCUACGUGAGGCCGUGAUCAAGAAGGCUUGGGAUCAGACGUGCAUGAGCGACAACCACAACCAACUUCUGUUCGGGACAGCCAGGCUCGAUGUUGAUCUAUCCACAUUUCAUCCCGAACAAGCGCAAAUCUUCCGGCUUUGGCAAAUUUACCUCGACAACAUCAAUCCGCUGCUCAAAGUCACGCACACCCCGACCUUACAAGCACGCAUCAUCGACGCCGCGACCAAUAUUACUGGGAUCAGUUCUGUCACGAGUGCACUCCUCUUCAGUAUCUAUUGCACCGCCAUCUUGAGUCUUGCUGAGGACGAAUGUCAGACCUUGUUCAACUCGCCCAAGAAGGAUAUCAUGCUACGGUAUCAGUUCGCAUGUCAACAAGCUCUACUACAAUCUAAAUUUCUGGGCACCAAGGAUCGGGACUGUCUGACAGCUUUAUAUCUCUAUCUUAUAUGCGUCAGACAUGAAGCAGAUCCACGGUCGCUGUCGUCCAUGCUCGGCGUCGCCAUCCGUAUUGCACAACGGAUGGGCAUUCACGACGAGGCCUACAACAAGAAACACAAGGUCCUCGAAGCCGAGAUGCGCCGAAGGCUAUGGUGGUCGCUGGUAAUUUUCGACAGCCGUGUCUGUGAGAUAGUCGAUCACAGGACUGCCACAACCUUAGGUCCCAGUUGGGACUGCAGACUUCCUCUGAACGUGAACGACUUUGAACUCCGUCCGGAGAUGAAAAGUCCGCCAGCAGCUCAACCUGGUGGAAGACCGACCGAGGCGAUCUUCGUCGUAGUACGCAGUGAGCUGGCCGACUUUGUCCGCCACAGUUCCUUCCACCUGGACCUCACCACUCCGUCUCUAAAGGGCAUUGCCAAGGAGACCUCAUACGGCACUGUGCCAUUGGACGGUGACGAUCUUCUUGCACUGGAAAAGACCCUUGAGGACCGUCACCUCGCAUUUUGCAGCCCAGACGACCCCGUCCACUAUUUGACAAUCUGGAUGACGAGAGGCUACCUUGCGAGAACCCGUCUCCUCGAGCACUAUUCAAGGCACUACUUGGCCUGGACAGGACCGCAGGCCAAUGUGCAGCGCAACAUUGCCGUGUCAUAUGCGCUGACCAUGCUGGAAUGCGAUACCAAGCUGGCGUCGUCGCCUCUCACACAGCGGUUUCUUUGGCUCAUUCAUUUCCACUUCCCGUUUCCAGCGUACAUCCACGUUCUCCAGGAUCUCAAGAAACGACCUGCCGAGGACCACGCCGAAAAAGCGUGGGAGAUAAUGAGCGACAACUACGAAACUCGCAGCACUCAUGCUCCCAAACGCAACGACCGGCCAUUUUUCAUCAUCUUCGCUCGCCUCGUUCUUCAGGCUUGGGAGGCUCGAGAAGCGCUGUACACGCACGACCAACAACAGCAGCAACAACUGUCAUCACCCUUAAGAAAUCCGCCCCGGAUCGUCACGGCCAUCCAGAAAAAGAUGUCUGAGAUAGCCGCCAACUUCUUGUCCCAGCAGAGCAGUAGUGACUUCAGCGAUAAUCCCGGGCUCCAGCUCAACCCCGACGGCACGGUUUCUUUUCUCGAUAACGACCAACCUCUACCGUCAACCAUGGACCCCUCAGACCUUGCAGUCCAUGGUCUUGGUCCUGGCAGUCAGGCGCACCAUGAGUUUUUGUAUGGCAGUUGUGGCAUCCUGGACCCGGGCUCUUCCUCAAAUUCCUCGGGCUUUGGAUCGUUUGACUACCUCGAUAUGUCGGGGCAGCCUGGACUGGCAGACUGUGAAAUGUCCCACCAGUUCGAGUGGAAUAGCCUGGAUUAUGCCCCGAUUCCGUUUCGUCCGACUGAUAAGUGAGUAAUUACCCAGGUGCAGACUUGCGCAUAAAAUACAAUCUUGUGUUAUAGUACGCGGACCAAGCAAGGAAUUGGAGUAUUUUCAUAUACUUGAACUGUCUACACUUUUCAGACAUCCCAUCAACAGUUCGGUUCGGUUAGGUCUAUCUUGCAGAACAUUUGCAGGGCAGAACAGACCAGGACAAAGCAACCGACCUUCUCCUGCCAACCUUCAAGCGUACAUGCAGUAUUUUAGACAAUAAAAAAAGACAGACACCCUGCAGCAAUCUAUAACCACUAUGUACCUAGGUACAGUAGAAUAGACGCUUGAGCUCAAAACUGAACGCCAUGCUUCUGUAGAGAGUAAGGCAGCAUCGAGAAAUUAACAAAAUCAUCAAUCAAUCAAUCAAUCAAUUUCACUCGG